CGCGUAUUGUUUGUCAAAGCACGCAUUGAGCCUAGGUCUUGGAAAUAUGAAAUGUGGGUCUAUACUGACUGCGGUUCGAUUGCUGCAAGCAUUCGUUCUUCUAGACAAGGCAAUUGCAAUCGACGUCAAAGUGGACUUCAGGCGUCUUUGCCAAGCCCGUAGCUUGCCACGUUCAACGUUCAGCACGGCCAAUUCGCGCGCGAUACAGGUCCUUACCUUCCGCGACCGCUACGCCAACUCUAAGUGUUGCCGCUUGUCUGCAUGCGCUACGCUCUUCAGUAGCGCUAUGGGAUAUAUGAUUUCCUACGUCAGCACGACUCGAUGACCUUGGCAGCCACAGAAGCACGUCCGAAAACUUGGCUUCCCUGCUCGAAGUUGCCCUCGGGCGAUAGCUAUCGGCGUGUAACUCCUCGCCAAGUCUUUGCACCAAGCCCAUAGCUUGCUAGUGAGUCCGGCUCGUUUGACGGUUCAGCACGUCCGAAUUCAAUUCGCGCGAUACAGGUUCUUGCCUUCCAAGUCCGCUUACGCUCUGGCCUUGU